AUGCCCUCUUUCUCGCGUCUUAUUCGCUUCCUGGCCAAGGAUGGCCACAUUUACUACGGAGAUGCCACUCUUCCUGUUGGCGUGAGUGACAUUGCAACGGCUACCAAGGCAAGAGUUAUCCAUGGUGAUAUCUUCGGACGGCAUCACGUCACCGACCAAAUUGCCGAGGUGAAGCUGCUUCUGUCACCACUAGCAAGGAAAGACAUCAAAACUGUCCGCUGUCUUGGCCUGAACUACGAACAACACGCGAAGGAAUCAAACCUUCCCAUCCCCAAGUACCCCGUUCUCUUCUACAAGCCUGUUACCUCUAUCGCUGGUCCAACCGAUGAUAUCCCUAUCUCUGUCAUUGCUCAGGAAGGAGAAGGGUUGGAUUACGAAUGUGAGCUUGUCAUUGUGAUUGGGAAAGAGGCCAAGGAGGUUCCUGAGAACAAGGCGUUGGAUUAUGUUCUUGGCUAUGCCGUUGGCAAUGAUGUUUCCCAUCGCGAUUGGCAAAUUAAGCGCGGCGGUGGUCAGUGGGGACUUGGGAAGGGCUUUGAUGGUUGGGCGCCUUUUGGACCUGGCAUUGUGUCCUCAGAGCUGAUUCGGGAUCCUAAUGCCCUGAGAAUUUCGACCAAGUUGAACGGUCGUGAGGUUCAGUCUUCGUCAACCAAAGAUAUGAUAUUUAACGUCGCACAGACAGUUUCUUUUCUGUCUCAAGGCACUACUCUGUUGCCGGGUGAUCUGAUCUUCACUGGAACCCCUCAAGGAGUAGGUAUGGGCAGGAAGCCUGCGCUCUGGUUGAGAGAUAAAGACCAGGUUGAAGUAUCCCUCGAGGGAGUGGGUUCCUGCGUCAAUAAUGUAGUUUUUGACAAACCCUCUGCGAGACUCUAG